GACAGUUUAAAUGUUAUUGCGGAAAGAAGAGAAGAAAUGUCAUGUUCAAGCAAUUAUCACCUAUAAGGAGAUAUAGAUCAUAUCUUCUUUUCAAGAGAAUGGCUGAUAAGGCUGAACAGGGACCAUCUCAACAGCCAAGCAAUGGUGAUGCACAAAAGAAACAGUCGGCACGCAAAGCAAAUAGACCUUCAGAAGCAGAGAUAGAAGCAAAACGAAAAGAACGAGCAGAAAAGAAAGAACGUGAAGCAAAAGAAAAAGAACGUCAAGAAAAGUUGGGAAUUAAUGGAAUAGGAAAAGAUGGAAAGAUUCCUUUUGCUGUUCGAGAAUGGUCAAAAGUAAAAGAUGUAGCACAGGAUAGAAUACAGGGCAGACAACGGGUAAGGAUUCUAAGUUGGAAUAUCUUAGCACAAGGUUUGGUCAGAAGGAAAUUGUUUCCCAAUAGCGACUGUCUGAAAUGGAAGGAUCGUCAGGCGGGCUUGACAUCUGAAAUGAUUUCUCAUAAUUGGGACCUUGGCGCAUUCCAAGAAGUGGACCGGAUAGACGUACAUGGUCCCAAUCUACAGCAAAGUGGACGUAAUUAUGUAUAUGCAAAAGGUUACAAUGACAAACAGCAUGGCUUGAUGAUCGCUUGGAGGACGAAAGAGCAAAAUGCAGACUCAGAUGCUGCCAUUUUCGAACAAGAACCAGUUGCUAGCAAGCUAGUAUUCUUCGAUCGGGAAAGCGUGGAUACAGAUUCAGAUGCUCAAAAAGACGGAAAAAGGCUCGCAUUGAGUAGGGUGACUAGGAAUAUAGCACUCUUUGUCGCUUUGAGGUUCAAAGAUCAGUCCAGAAAGGGACCGAAGGGGAUUAUCAUCUCCACUACGCAUUUGUUCUGGCACCCAAUGCAUGCUUAUGAACGUGUUCGUCAGAUGGGCAUCAUGAAACGUCGUUUGGUCACUUGGCGUAAGGAGAACGGGCAGGAGUGGGCAGAUUGGCCCUUAUUCUUGAGCGGAGAUUUCAAUGAUCAACCUCAUUCAGCAACAUAUAGACUGGUCACCGGAAAGCCAAUCACGCAACAUUGCUUGGAUGAAAUAGUGAAAAGCACAGUCGUACACCAAAGUGUUGAUGAAUUGAAGGAAAAGGUGGACAACGAUGAUCUUGCUAAAGUAAGCGGUCAGGAGAUUAUUGCGAAUGGUAAUGCAGCGCAACAAGAUGCAUCAGGACCUGGGAAUGAAGAAGAAGAGGAUGAAGAGGAGGAACCCAAUGAAGAAGAAGAGGGUGAAGAUGAUCAGAUCCUGAAAAAUUGCAGAACAGCAAAGCGUGAAGAUGCUUUGUUGACAAUUGAUGAGUUUGUACAGUUACACGAUCUAUCUCAGCCACCACCUAAAUCAGAGCCACCGUCUUUGAACGGUAACAAAGACAAGUCUACCGAUUGGAUCAAUCAUACAGUCAAUCUUGGCUUGCAAUCUGCCUAUGGAGACCAUUACGGCAAUCUAGAAGUGGAUCAAAAAGACAACUACUUUUCCUCUUCCGACCGGAACAGGGAACGACAUGACGAUGCAGAUUGGACACCCGAAAUGGCCAAUCCUCAUCUGAAAUUGCAAUCAUUUGAGCCAAUGUAUACGCUCUAUUCUCCUUUGUUUUCUCUAACGUUGGAUUAUAUUUUCUUAUACCCCGAUCAAAAUACGCAAAAUGCUCCAAUCGUUUCUGGAUUAUUACCUACCCAUAAAACUGACGUCCUUCGACCUGGAAUCCCACGUAAAUAUGCAUGUGCUUCGGAUCAUAUGCCUAUUGGAGCGGAAAUGAUGAUUUAAAGGUGCAGAUUAUAGCAUACAAUAUUGUAUUCAUGUACAUUAUAAUGAUAUCC